ACGAAAAUAUCCGGUUAAGACAUGGUGUACCCGUAAGUUAAUUGGGCGAAAACCUGCACCUCUUUGAAUACGAUUACAAUGUUUAAAGCAUCGUCGAGAAACCACUUGACAGUAUUUCCGCACGUACGAUACGGUGUUGAAGAUAAACUAAAAGAAACUGGGACAUUCGAGGGUCCGCUAACGUCCAUUAUGAUAUUGUCGGGGUUUAUAAGAAGGUUCCACCCUGCGGUUUUCGCCAGCCGAUCAGGAGUACCGAUAGGAACGUGACUGUUUCCAUACCUAAAUUUUCACUCGCGUAUUCCGAAUUCCUUCGUAAUUACCUUAGUACCAUUCUUAAACUCCGCAACGUAUAUACACGGAGCUGUAGUCCUCGCGAGUUCUAAGAUGAUCGUAAUAAGGAAAUGGGCACAAUUCGUGGCACUUGUUAUUUUUUACAAUUUUACAAUCUGUCAAGCGUGGAAUAGUGGUUUGAAAGAUAAGUACGACGGAUAUGGGGAAGAUUGGAUUUUCAUGCCCGAUGGAAACGGUCAGCCACAGGUAGCAGUAUUGAAACAUUCGGAAACAGAAACGCGAGGCAUUUUUGAUGAGUCGCAAGUCUCUUAUAUUCUGUACACCCGGUCUGGGCCCCAAAAUGGCACUCAAUUAUAUACGAAUGACACCGUGGGACUUUCCGGAUCCAGUUUCGAUCCAUCAAGAGAGACGAAGUUCAUAACGCACGGAUGGAAAUCCAGCGCAAUGAGCGGUGGUCUUGUCAACAUGAAAGAAGGUACUUUAUUUCCAACAAAUCUUUGUAUAAAUAUUAUCCUCGGAAAACGGAUCUAUUUCAAAAUCUGCUCUAACUCUACAGCAUAUUUAAAUUUUGGUGACUACAACGUCGUUAUGGUCGACUGGCAACCGUUGGCUGCAAGCACGUUUUACCUUGGACCAAUGCGGAACACGGAAAGAGUAGGGAAAACGGCUGCUGAAUUUAUCGAUUUUUUGGUCGCGCAAACGGGUUUGAAAACUGAAAAUGUUCACUUCCUUGGACACUCUCUCGGAGCACACGUAGCUGGGAACGCAGGAAGUUCGGUGACAUCUGGUCGCCUAGGGAGGAUAACCGGCUUAGAUCCUGCUUUGCCAGGAUUUCAUUUGCUCACAACAGAUAAAACUCGACUGGAUUCUACGGACGCGAAGUUCGUCGAUGUUAUUCAUUCGUGCGGCGGGGUAUUAGGGUUUUUACAACCUGUGGGUAACGCAGAUUUUUAUCCGAAUGCGGGAACGGCUAUUCAACCUGGUUGCUGUUGUAUUCCGGAAGUAGUAGAGGGAUGCAGUCACGGAAGAUCGUAUGUGUACUUUACGGAGAGUAUCGCCUCCAAAGCGGGAUUUGUGGCAAGGAAAUGCAAUACUUGGGAUCAAUUUAUGGGUGGCAAUUGUAACCAUUCCGAUACUGCAUUUAUGGGAGAACACGUCGACAAAGCGGCUUCUGGAACAUAUUUUCUCAAGACAAGAUCAGAAUCACCGUACGCUUACCAAGAGGAGAUAACCGAUAAUACUGUUUAAA